AUGCAUGCUUUGGCCCAAAGACUGACUUUUAACUGUUUGUGUGACACAAGAGAUACUCCUAGUGGUGAAGAGGCAGCAUUACACCGACCUUCAUCAACUCUGGGAAUUACUAAGAAUAGCUGUAAUUUCCAUUUAGAUUUUACUUCGAAUAUAGACGUAUCUUUGAUCCAAACAGAUCAUUUCCUUGUACUUCAUGUUGUUUAUGCUUAUGUGUCACAGGAGGAGGCGAUUCCAGAGCUGGAGAUUGAUGUGGAUGAACUGUUGGACAUGGAGAAUGAUGUAGACCGUGCUGCAAGGGUCAAGGAACUGCUGGUAGACUGUUAUAAACCUACUGAAGAGUUUGUAGCUGAAUUGCUGGACAAGAUCCGUGGCAUGCAGAAGCUCAGUACUCCUCAGAAGAAAUGAAGCUUCUCCCACCUCCACCUUUCCUCAACCAAUCUCAUCCCUUCUUUUCCAAUUUUAGGGGCGUGACCUUUCACCCCUGAGCAGGUGCUCAUCCAAUCCCAUUGCCUCUUGCAUCCAUUGGGGAGGAGGUGGAGGCAAAAUUAUGGGAGAUUCAAUCAGAUCCUUAUAAGCAGGGCUUAUUUUUUCUAAUUUUGUUGGUUUUAUUUGUAUUAUUUUGUUCUGUUUCACUUUUUUUGUAAAGGGGGAAACAUUUCAUUGUUUUGAAAUGUUUUUAAAUGUAUUCUAUGUUAGUAUACAUUACUGUGCAUAUUAUCUUUAUGCAUAGAAUGGUUUUAUUUUAUGAUUUUGGAUUUUUGUUAGAAUUUUGUUUUAAUUUGGUUUCAAAGCUCUGUCUCAAUGAACACAUGGACUAAAAAACCUUUUGUAAAACUGUGACGAUACUUGGUUUCAAAUGACAUCAGAAGAGAUUUUUUACCCUCUGUUUUUGAUUCUCCUGUUCCAUGAAUAAGUGUGCAGGAACAUUCAUGAACAUUUUAAUUAAAAAAAAAAGGAAAACUAAUAAAGAGAGUGAUUAAAGCUGAUUUAAAGUGAGGGAGUUACUUUGGAUUUGUGGUAUUAACAGGGAAGGGAGCUGUGUGUAGAAAAAAAAAAAUUGGGUCUUUUGAUUUUUGUCUUUAAUUUCCCCCUGUCUUACACAUACCACAGACACACACACACACCCUGAAAUUCAUGGGCAUCACCACCCUCAGGGAUCAGAAGCAAUUACCACACACACAUACACACACAACCACAGCUGUGGCUCUCGGGCCUCACACACAUCCACAGAUGUGCACACUGACUCUUCCAGAGACCGAUAGGGAGGGACUGGAGAGUAGGCUAGACAAGCUGCAGUGCGUCACGGUCACUGCCAAACGUACGUUUAGAAUUAAUCCUCACACGUGACUCUCCUAAAUCAUCUUUCCUAGGAAGCCAUCUGCUCUUUUUGUCUCAGCCAAUCAAACAUUAUAAUAAGAGGGCUA